CAAAUGAAAAUGAAAAUCACAAGCAUGCUUCUAAAAAUAUGCCAUUCAUUCUCCAAACUCUUAGAGAAUAACACGAAACAGAUUUUAACGAACCAACACGAGCUCGAUACAUUUAAUGAAAUUUCAAAAACGAUUACUCAAAAAGCUAAUCAAACUGAAAGCGAAAAAAUCUAUAGUGAAAAUAUCGAACUAAAUCAAAAGUGGACAAGUGAGGUAAACCUCUUGGAAAAUUUGCACGAAAAUUUGAUUCAGCUACGACAACAGUGGAUUCAACUGGAAGAUAUCCUUAACGAGCUGGAGACAAAAUCUGGCAGCCUAUUAGAAAAAGAAGACAACCUCGAUUUGAUAGUGCGUUCGAAAGAAGAUAUUCACAAUAAAUUUGCAUCAGUUCAGAAUUUGUUAGAUGACAAAACAGUCCUCAAUCAGUUGAACGAUAAAGCUAAUUUAUUAGCUAAAACAUUGAUCGAAGCAUUGAGAGAACAACAGCUGUCACCGAACAGUUUAGAGGAAAAGUUAGUGCAUCUGAACCAAAUUGACUCUAGGCUGGCCGAUAACUUGAAAGCAAAAUAUCGCAGACUUAAUCAAAAGGUAGAUAACAUACAAAGCUUCUGGGAUAAGUUAUCAACACUAAGGAUUGGUACCGAAUCAUUGCUGGAAAAUCUAAAAGAUAUUAAUCCAUUUGAUGAACGCUUAUAUCAAACUGAAAAGAAUAUUAUAUUGUGUCAAUCCAAAGCACAUGACCACGCAGAAGAAAUAAAUCAAGUGGAACAACAAAUAAAAGAAGAAUAUCUUAGCACUCAGGAUUUUCUUCCCGUUGAUAUAGAAGACCAAUUAAAAACUUUGGAAGCAUUGAUUAAACAAAUUACGAGCACCAUGGAGCAAUACAAUUGUGAAUUCCAAAGAGCCAAGGAAAUAAGAACAAACUACUUUGUGGUAUAUGACAAAAUUAAAACAUGGAUUGAAAAUGCAGAACUGGCAAUAAGUAACCACAAUAUCGAUCCUAGUGAACUUAAAACAAAGCUAGUUCAACUGAUUCAUGAAAGCAAUGAUGUUCAAACUGCAUAUGGACAACUAGUCCAUUACGGAAAUGAAAUUAUUAAAAAUUCCGGACACUACAACGAUCAAAAGGCAAUGCAGGCUAAUAUGGAUCAAAUACUGUAUGAAUUAACAAAAACAAUUCAACUUAUUGAGGAGAAAAAUCAAACCGUUGACCAAAUCCUUGGAAAUUGGGCCAAUUUCAUGAGAGUUUAUCAACUGGUUGUAGAAUGGUCUCUAAAACUACGAGCAUUGUUGGAUCGUAAGCUUCAGUUGAAUUCACUUCAAGAAGCACAAUCGGCACGUCAAGAUUAUGCUAUUGCUGUUUCAAGCUUGUUCGAUGUAUCGCAAAACUUAAGCGAAAUGAAUCACGAAUUCGAUAAAAUAAAUGAAGUAUGCUCAACCGGAUAUUUGAAAACUAAGUUACACGAAGCCGAAACACUGAAAAUCGACAACGAAACGACCCUAUACGAAAGAAAUUUGUUCUUACAAGAAACAACAGAAGAGUGGCUUCAAUUCGAAAACAAAAUAAAAAGUGUGAAAGAGUGGAUAAAAGAAAGCUAUUGUGCACUUGAGUCUACAGAUCUCAAGAACAAGCCUUUGCGGGACCAAUUAAGAAUUCUAGAACAAAUGCUUGCUGAUAUAUCAGCACAGAAAAUCAAGGUUAAUAUGUCGCUAGAAAAGUUACAGGUUCAUUUCCAUUCGGAAAUCAUUUACACCGAAAAUCCAAAUAUAGUGCAUGAUGGACGUAUCGUUAUUGAAGAUCUCGAGAAGCUAAACAGGGAUGUUUUCCAAACAACACAAAAUUUGGACAAAGCUUUAGUGCAAAUCGAAGAAUGUCAAAGUGAAAUUCAAACAAUUCGACAACGGAUUGUACAGGAAGAGCAACAGCUUCGAAAUAUUCUCUCACCGCUUCAUCAGUCGAGUGAUAGUGAAAAGAACGAACAGGAACUUCCAAUAACCUGGACGUACGGUGCGAAUGAAACUAUCCAGCAUCAUGGCCUUUGUAAACAAUUGACGGAGACUAUCCAACAAAAAGGAAACAUGCAGUCAUCUCAUGAAAAAGCAGCUAAAGAGAUCAGAGGAACAAAUAAUAAUGAAAGAUUGGCCUCUGCGAAUAAACCAAAUAUAAAAUCCGUCUGGGAUAAAUCAGAACUAACUUACGCUGAAGUGUUAACAGGUCUUCGAAAGAGCGCAAAAACCCAUACUCAACGUAAUGUUAAUGAAGAAAAAAUCACCACCACGGAAAAACCACCGUCUGGUCAUAAUGAACCAUCAACUUCUGGAGAUAAGACAGAGAAAUAUUUGGGACAAUUUGAAGCUGUAACACAUGAUUUAAUCAAUGUUCACAAAAACAAACCAAAAAUUGUUAACAAUCGAGACGAUUACAGUAAGGCUAAGAAAGCUAAAAAACCCAAACUAAAACAAACUGAUACACCAGAUAUUACAUCGAACAACCACAACAGAACGAAUCCUUCUUCAUUUAUGCCAAUUCAUAAAAAGAUUGCAGCUACCGAAAGUGUAAUGUCAACUAAUGAGAAUUAUCCAGAAAAUAAGCCGAAUGUUCAUGAAUCAUGCGGAAACGAAACGCAUUUUACGUCAAUGUCGUAUGCUGAUGUUCUAAAAGGAAUUGAAUCGGCGAAAAACAGUACUUUUUCAGCCUCAGAAAAGGAUUCCAGCAAGAUAAUUAAUCAGUAUGACUUCAACAAUGAUUCAUUGUCUAAUAACACUCCAGCUACAACUGAGAAAUAUGCUGAAGAAUCGAUUAAAAAGGAAGCUAUAUCGUUUUCUUCUCAGCGUAAGCGGAAACCCAAAGAAUAUUCCAAACCCAAUGAGUCAUGUUUGGCCAGAAAGAGUCAAAUUAAAAAUAUUGAUGCGCAGCAAACUACAGGAGCAGGUUCACCAAUGCUAAUGGAAGUAUGCAAAGUGGAUGAACCAUCGUCUGUUUAUGUGGCAGGAACGAUUGGCAAGACUAAUCCUCAUAAACCAUUACAAGAUGCAAAAUCAACGUCUUCUGCAGAAGUUGAUUCUCCAAAUGAAUCAAAUAAUGUGGAAAAGAUUUUUGUAGAAGACAUGAAAACUUUGGUAUUUGUAAAACUAUCAUAUGAUACACGACAACCAAGUUCUUCAAGAUUUGAAGAUAUGAACGUUUUUGGGCCUUCCCAAAAUCACAGCACAUCGAAUGAAUCUAUUGCAGGGAAGCCAGAAAAUAAUAUUCCAAGUAAGAAAAAUAGUAAGAGAAAAAUGAAAAAGAGCCCGGCAGACAACACAACUAAAGAAACUUGCGAUAUAAAAAAUAAGAACUUUGGACAUGUAGACACUGCAUACCGUGUUGAACAUUUACAUUCGAGUAGUGUAAACGAGCCAAGCACAAAUUCUUGUGGGAAGAAAAUUAACGAAGCUUCAUUGAAUAAAGGAAAAAAGAAAACAAAAGUGGAAAAGAUAAGAAAGUCUAAUUCAGCAAAAAUAUCAGCAAUGUUGGAGCAGCAUAAAUACGAAUUCGAACGUGAAUUAAAUACUUCUAUUGAGCAAGACAAUAAGUAUACCACGAACUUACUAACUGAAGAUUUUUCAACAGCCACUGAAAAUUCAACGGAUGCAUUCAAAAGUAGUUUGAUCUUUGAAGAUUAUGAAUUCAUGCAUAAAUAUGACGCACUUGAUGAAUCAAACAAUAUGUCUGUAAUUGACCAAAACCCACCAUGUGACAUGGAUAUUGUGAAUAGCAAUAAUACACGAAAACCAAGUACCGAAGAAACCAACGUUACGGCAUCACAUGGUCCAAAUAGUCAAAUGUCAUUAUCCUCGACAAAAACAAGCUUAACGUCAAAAGAUAACCAUGACUCAAAAGAGAUGCCAACGCAAAACAAUGACUGGAGGGAUAAACGCCAAAAAAUAUCAAUGAUAACACACGAAGAGUACCAUUUGAAUCCUAUAUCACACAUGAGAUUAGAGCUUCCGGUUGUUACAGCUAAAAUUGUCAUAAAUAAUAAUUUAGAUAGCCAAAAUCACAUUUAUCCUAAUUCUGGACAGUUUCUACAAGAUAAUGCUGAUUUGCAAACGGAAGAAGUUUUGAACAUAGAACCACCGUUCUUCAAAGAGCAGCAUGUUGCUACAGAGGUGUCUGUACUUGAUACCGAUAUUGCAUCAUUACGUCCUUCCAAGCCAAAUGCCGUGCUUGUCAAACAAUUAUCUACUACUGAACAUAAAAAUUAUUCAGCGUCAUCAUCGACCUCAGAUACCGUGAGAUUUGGUGAGGACUUUUCUACUACCACCUCUAGUUGCAUCUACAAAACUACAACAAUUCUAUACGGAGUAUCAUCUCAACAGCAUGUCAUUGAAGAGUAUUACACUCAUCCCUUAAUUGUUGAGCAACUUUCAUCUGAUAGUAACACAAUUGAAGAGGAUGUAAAAACCGCAAAAUGUAAUCCAAUUAUCGAAGCAACAAAAUCUGUACUACACUCCCCUAUCAAAACUCAACUAAGGUUGGAUAAACACUUAGAUAAAGCAAUUUCAAAGCAAGAUGAAAUUCAAAGUAAUCUGGUAUCAAAUGUUAUCGACUUAGCUUCUGGGAAUUGUAGUGAUAUACGAGACGAAACGAGUAUUUUUUCGAAUGCAUCUGUAAUCGACAAACAGGCCAUCCUUAAAAAUAUGAAAGAUGAAUCACUCGAACAUGAUGCCGCAUCAGCAUAUCGGAUAUUCACUGAAGAAAAUGGAAAGAUCAUUGUUCGGGAAACAGAAAGUGCACAUGAUGAAAUGUGCCAAGGCUCUAAAAAUAUUGGACACUGCAAAGAGUUCACACAUGUCCCACAAUUACCAGCAACACCAGCAACAAUUGGAAUGGAAACAGAGUUUGUAUUAUAUACAAAUGAUAAAGUUGAUUCAGAUAUGUUUAACAAUGAAUCUGUAAACGAUGAAGAUAAUAUCCUUACAGAGAUGAGAGACGAACCAUUUACUGAUGAAGAAGAUACUAAAGAUAAUAAUAUUUGCCAAUCCUUUGAAAAUGUUGAAAAUAACAAAGGUUCACAAUCGAUUAAAACUAAAGCAGAUAUUGGUUUAGUUUCAAAAACACCAGAUGAAACAAUAAACGACGUAGAGAACGUUGAUAUAGCGAUGAGAGACGAAUCAUUCAUACACGAUAAUGAUGCAUCGAUGAAACAAACUUCAAUUGAAGAAACGGAAAAUAUUAUCGAUACGGUAAAACAUACUCUUGAUAAUAAAUUGAUUCACGUCUCAAAGAAUAAAGAAGAUCACAUGAGUUAUCUGGUCUCUCCACAAUCAACAGAAAAAAGUGUAGCGGAUAUUGGUGUGGUUUUAAAUAAACCAGAUUCAAUAGAUUCUCAAGAAGAAAUAAGUAUUCCAGGAAAUGAAGUAAUAAACGACGAAAAUAAUUCACUGAUACAGAUGAAAGACGAUUCAUUUAUACAUGAUGGAGCAUCGAUGAAGCAAACGUUUAUUGAAAAAGUGGAAAAAAUUAUGGUAAAAGAUACUCCUGAUAUAGAAUUCACUCAAGCACCUGAGAAUAAAGAAGAUCAAAAUGAUUACCUUAUUUGUCCACAAUCAACAGAAAAAAGUGCUGAUGAAGGUUCCGAUUUGAAUACACCAGAUUCCAUUGAUUAUCAAGACGAUAUGAAUAUUCUUAAGGAUGAAUCUUUAAGCGACGAAGAGAAUGUUCUUAUACAGAUGAGAGACGAAUCAUUCUUAAACGAUGAAGCACCUGAGUAUCAAACGUUUACUGUAGAGACGGAAAAAAUCGUCGACGCAGUAAAAGAAACUUCAGACAUUGAAUUGACUCAAGUUUAUGAACAUAUUGAAGAUCAUACUAUUGGUCCACACUCGUCAGAGAAAAGUAAAUCUGAUUUCGGUUUGGUUUCGAAUGUUCUUGAUUCAACUGAUUCCCAAGCCGAGAUGAAUAUUAUUGAGGAUACAUCCAUAAACGAUGAGGAGAACGUCGUUAUACGGAUGAGAGACGAAUCAUUCAUACACGAUGAAGCAUCAGACAAUCUAAAGCUCAUUGAAGAAGCAGAAAAGUUCCCUGUUAUGGUAGAAGAAACUCCGGAUAAUGAACUGACUCAAGCAUCUGUACAUUAUGAAGAUUACAAAAAUAAUCUAAUUUGUACACAAUCAACAGAAAAAAGUGCAGAUGAAGGUUCCGAUUUGAAUACACCAGAUUUCAUUGAUUCUCAAGACGAUAAGAAUAUUCUUAAGGAUGAAUCUGUAAGCGACGAAGAGAAUGUUCUUAUACAGAUGAGAGAUGAAUCAUUCUUAAACGAUGAAGCACCUCAAACGUUUACUGUAAAGGCGGAAAAGAUCGUCGACGCAGUAAAAGAUACUUCAGACAUUGAAUUGACUCAAGUUUAUGAACAUAAUGAAGAUCAUACUAUUUGUCCACAAUCAUCAGAGAAAAGUAUAUCUGAUUUCAGUUUGGUUUCGAAUGUUCUUGAUUCAACUGAUUCCCAAGCCGAGAUGAAUAUUAUUGAGGAUACAUCCAUAAACGAUGAGGAGAACGACGGUAUACGGAUGGGAGACGAAUCAUUCAUACACGAUGAAGCAUCAGACAAUCUAAAGCUCAUUGAAGAAGCUGAAAAGUUCCCUGUUAUAGUAGAAGAAACUCCGGAUAAUGAACUGACUCAAGCAUCUGUACAUUAUGAAGAUUACAAAAAUAAUCUUAUUUGUCCACAAUCAACAGAAAAAAGUGCAGACGAAGGUUCCGAUUUGAAUACACCAGAUUUCAUUGAUUCUCAAGACGAUAAGAAUAUUCUUAAGGAUGAAUCUGUAAGCGACGAAGAGAAUGUUCUUAUACAGAUGAGAGAUGAAUCAUUCUUAAACGAUGAAGCACCUCAAACGUUUACUGUAGAGGCGGAAAAGAUCGUCGACGCAGUAAAAGAUACUUCAGACAUUGAAUUGGCUCAAGUUUAUGAACAUAUUGAAGAUCAUACUAUUUGUCCACAAUCAUCAGAGAAAAGUAUAUCUGAUUUCGGUUUGGUUUCGAAUGUUCUUGAUCCAACUGAUUCCCAAGCCGAGAUGAAUAUUAUUGAGGAUACAUCCAUAAUCGAUGAGGAGAACGACGGUAUACGGAUGGGAGACGAAUCAUUCAUACACGAUGAAGCAUCAGACAAUCUAAAGCUCAUUGAAGAAGCUGAAAAGUUCCCUGUUAUAGUAGAAGAAACUCCGGAUAAUGAACUGACUCAAGCAUCUGUACAUUAUGAAGAUUACAAAAAUAAUCUUAUUUGUCCACAAUCAACAGAAAAAAGUGCAGAUGAAGGUUCCGAUUUGAAUACACCAGAUUUCAUUGAUUCUCAAGACGAUAAGAAUAUUCUUAAGGAUGAAUCUGUAAGCGACGAAGAGAAUGUUCUUAUACAGAUGAGAGACGAAUCAUUCUUAAACGAUGAAGCACCUGAAUAUCAAACGUUUACUGUACAGACGGAAAAGAUCGUCGACGCAGUAAAAGAUACUUCAGACAUUGAAUUGACUCAAGUUUAUGAACAUAAUGAAGAUCAUACUAUUUGUCCACAAUCAUCAGAGAAAAGUAUAUCUGAUUUCGGUUUGGUUUCGAAUGUUCUUGAUCCAACUGAUUCCCAAGCCGAGAUGAAUAUUAUUGAGGAUACAUCCAUAAUCGAUGAGGAGAACGACGGUAUACGGAUGGGAGACGAAUCAUUCAUACACGAUGAAGCAUCAGACAAUCUAAAGCUCAUUGAAGAAGCAGAAAAGUUCCCUGUUAUGGUAGAAGAAACUCCGGAUAAUGAACUGACUCAAACAUCUGUACAUUAUGAAGAUUACAAAAAUAAUCUUAUUUGUCCACAAUCAACAGAAAAAAGUGCAGACGAAGGUUCCGAUUUGAAUACACCAGAUUUCAUUGAUUCUCAAGACGAUAAGAAUAUUCUUAAGGAUGAAUCUGUAAGCGACGAAGAGAAUGUUCUUAUACAGAUGAGAGAUGAAUCAUUCUUAAACGAUGAAGCACCUCAAACGUUUACUGUAGAGGCGGAAAAGAUCGUCGACGCAGUAAAAGAUACUUCAGACAUUGAAUUGGCUCAAGUUUAUGAACAUAUUGAAGAUCAUACUAUUUGUCCACAAUCAUCAGAGAAAAGUAUAUCUGAUUUCGGUUUGGUUUCGAAUGUUCUUGAUCCAACUGAUUCCCAAGCCGAGAUGAAUAUUAUUGAGGAUACAUCCAUAAUCGAUGAGGAGAACGACGGUAUACGGAUGGGAGACGAAUCAUUCAUACACGAUGAAGCAUCAGACAAUCUAAAGCUCAUUGAAGAAGCUGAAAAGUUCCCUGUUAUAGUAGAAGAAACUCCGGAUAAUGAACUGACUCAAGCAUCUGUACAUUAUGAAGAUUACAAAAAUAAUCUAAUUUGUCCACAAUCAACAGAAAAAAGUGCAGAUGAAGGUUCCGAUUUGAAUACACCAGAUUUCAUUGAUUCUCAAGACGAUAAGAAUAUUCUUAAGGAUGAAUCUGUAAGCGACGAAGAGAAUGUUCUUAUACAGAUGAGAGAUGAAUCAUUCUUAAACGAUGAAGCACCUCAAACGUUUACUGUAGAGGCGGAAAAGAUCGUCGACGCAGUAAAAGAUACUUCAGACAUUGAAUUGGCUCAAGUUUAUGAACAUAUUGAAGAUCAUACUAUUUGUCCACAAUCAUCAGAGAAAAGUAUAUCUGAUUUCGGUUUGGUUUCGAAUGUUCUUGAUCCAACUGAUUCCCAAGCCGAGAUGAAUAUUAUUGAGGAUACAUCCAUAAUCGAUGAGGAGAACGACGGUAUACGGAUGGGAGACGAAUCAUUCAUACACGAUGAAGCAUCAGACAAUCUAAAGCUCAUUGAAGAAGCUGAAAAGUUCCCUGUUAUAGUAGAAGAAACUCCGGAUAAUGAACUGACUCAAGCAUCUGUACAUUAUGAAGAUUACAAAAAUAAUCUAAUUUGUCCACAAUCAACAGAAAAAAGUGCAGAUGAAGGUUCCGAUUUGAAUACACCAGAUUUCAUUGAUUCUCAAGACGAUAAGAAUAUUCUUAAGGAUGAAUCUGUAAGCGACGAAGAGAAUGUUCUUAUACAGAUGAGAGACAAAUCAUUCUUAAACGAUGAAGCACCUCAAACGUUUACUGUAGAGGCGGAAAAGAUCGUCGACGCAGUAAAAGAUACUUCAGACAUUGAAUUGACUCAAGUUUAUGAACAUAAUGAAGAUCAUACUAUUUGUCCACAAUUAUCAGAGAAAAGUAAAUCUGAAUUCGGUUUGGAUUCUAAUGUUCUUGAUUCAACUGAUUCCCAAGCUGAGAUGAAUAUUAUUGAGGAUAAAUCAUUAAACGAUGAAGAGAACGUCGUUAUACGAAUGAGAGACGAAUCAUUCAUACACGAUGAAGCAUCAGACAAUCUAAAGCUCAUUGAAGAAGCUGAAAAGUUCCCUGUUAUGGUAGAAGAAACUCCGGAUAAUGAACUGAUCCAAGCAUCUGUACAUUAUGAAGAUUACAAAAAUAUUCUUAUUUGUCCACAAUCAACAGAAAAAAGUGCAGAUGAAGGUUCCGAUUUGAAUACACCAGAUUUCAUUGAUUCUCAAGACGAUAAGAAUAUUCUUAAGGAUGAAUCUGUAAGCGACGAAGAGAAUGUUCUUAUACAGAUGAGAGACAAAUCAUUCUUAAACGAUGAAGCACCUGAAUAUCAAACGUUUACUGUAGAGACGGAAAAGAUCGUCGACGCAGUAAAAGAAACUUCAGACAUUGAAUUGACUCAAGUUUAUGAACAUAAUGAAGAUCAUACUAUUUGUCCACAAUUAUCAGAGAAAAGUAAAUCUGAAUUCGGUUUGGAUUCUAAUGCUCUUGAUUCAACUGAUUCCCAAGCUGAGAUGAAUAUUAUUGAGGAUAAAUCUUUAAACGAUGAAGAGAACGUCGUUAUACGAAUGAGAGACGAAUCAUUCAUACACGAUGAAGCAUCAGACAAUCUAAAGCUCAUUGAAGAAGCUGAAAAGUUCCCUGUUAUGGUAGAAGAAACUCCGGAUAAUGAACUGAUCCAAGCAUCUGUACAUUAUGAAGAUUUCAAAAAUAAUCUUAUUUGUACACAAUCAACAGAAAAAAGUGCAGAUGAAGGUUCCGAUUUGAAUACACCAGAUUUCAUUGAUUCUCAAGACGAUAAGAAUAUUCUUAAGGAUGAAUCUGUAAGCAACGAAGAGAAUGUUCUUAUACAGAUGAGAGAUGAAUCAUUCUUAAACGAUGAAGCACCUGAAUAUCAAACGUUUACUGUAAAGGCGGAAAAGAUCGUCGACGCAGUAAAAGAUACUUCAGACAUUGAAUUGACUCAAGUUUAUGAACAUAAUGAAGAUCAUACUAUUUGUCCACAAUCAUCAGAGAAAAGUAAAUCUGAUUUCGGUUUGGUUUCGAAUGCUCUUGAUUCCAAAGCCGAGAUGAAUAUUAUUGAGGAUACAUCUAUAAACGAUGAGGAGAACGACGUUAUACGGAUGAGAGACGAAUCAUUUAUACACGAUGAAGCAUCAGACAAUCUAAAGCUCAUUGAAGAAGCAGAAAAGUUCCCUGUUAUGGUAGAAGAAACUCCGGAUAAUGAACUGAUCCAAGCAUCUGUACAUUAUGAAGAUUUCAAAAAUAAUCUUAUUUGUACACAAUCAACAGAAAAAAGUGCAGAUGAAGGUUCCGAUUUGAAUACACCAGAUUUCAUUGAUUCUCAAGACGAUAAGAAUAUUCUUAAGGAUGAAUCUGUAAGCGACGAAGAGAAUGUUCUUAUACAGAUGAGAGACAAAUCAUUCUUAAACGAUGAAGCACCUCAAACGUUUACUGUAGAGGCGGAAAAGAUCGUCGACGCAGUAAAAGAUACUUCAGACAUUGAAUUGACUCAAGUUUAUGAACAUAAUGAAGAUCAUACUAUUUGUCCACAAUUAUCAGAGAAAAGUAAAUCUGAAUUCGGUUUGGAUUCUAAUGCUCUUGAUUCAACUGAUUCCCAAGCUGAGAUGAAUAUUAUUGAGGAUAAAUCUUUAAACGAUGAAGAGAACGUCGUUAUACGAAUGAGAGACGAAUCAUUCAUACACGAUGAAGCAUCAGACAAUCUAAAGCUCAUUGAAGAAGCUGAAAAGUUCCCUGUUAUGGUAGAAGAAACUCCGGAUAAUGAACUGAUCCAAGCAUCUGUACAUUAUGAAGAUUUCAAAAAUAAUCUUAUUUGUACACAAUCAACAGAAAAAAGUGCAGAUGAAGGUUCCGAUUUGAAUACACCAGAUUUCAUUGAUUCUCAAGACGAUAAGAAUAUUCUUAAGGAUGAAUCUGUAAGCGACGAAGAGAAUGUUCUUAUACAGAUGAGAGACGAAUCAUUCUUAAACGAUGAAGCACCUGAAUAUCAAACGUUUACUGUACAGACGGAAAAGAUCGUCGACGCAGUAAAAGAAACUUCAGACAUUGAAUUGACUCAAGUUUAUGAACAUAAUGAAGAUCAUACUAUUUGUCCACAAUUAUCAGAGAAAAGUAAAUCUGAAUUCGGUUUGGAUUCUAAUGUUCUUGAUUCAACUGAUUCCCAAGCUGAGAUGAAUAUUAUUGAGGAUAAAUCAUUAAACGAUGAAGAGAACGUCGUUAUACGAAUGAGAGACGAAUCAUUCAUACACGAUGAAGCAUCAGACAAUCUAAAGCUCAUUGAAGAAGCUGAAAAGUUCCCUGUUAUGGUAGAAGAAACUCCGGAUAAUGAACUGAUCCAAGCAUCUGUACAUUAUGAAGAUUACAAAAAUAUUCUUAUUUGUCCACAAUCAACAGAAAAAAGUGCAGAUGAAGGUUCCGAUUUGAAUACACCAGAUUUCAUUGAUUCUCAAGACGAUAAGAAUAUUCUUAAGGAUGAAUCUGUAAGCGACGAAGAGAAUGUUCUUAUACAGAUGAGAGACAAAUCAUUCUUAAACGAUGAAGCACCUGAAUAUCAAACGUUUACUGUAGAGACGGAAAAGAUCGUCGACGCAGUAAAAGAAACUUCAGACAUUGAAUUGACUCAAGUUUAUGAACAUAAUGAAGAUCAUACUAUUUGUCCACAAUCAUCAGAGAAAAGUAAAUCUGAUUUCGGUUUGGUUUCGAAUGUUCUUGAUUCAACUGAUUCCCAAGCUGAGAUGAAUAUUAUUGAAGAUAAAUCUCUAAACGAUGAAGAGAACGUCGUUCUACGGAUGAGAGACGAAUCAUUCAUACACGAUGAAGCAUCAGACAAUCUAAAGCUCAUUGAAGAAGCUGAAAAGUUCCCUGUUAUGGUAGAAGAAACUCCGGAUAAUGAACUGACUCAAGCAUCUGUACAUUAUGAAGAUUACAAAAAUAAUCUUAUUUGUACACAAUCAUCAGAAAAAAGUGCAGAUGAAGGUUCCGAUUUGAAUACACCAGAUUUCAUUGAUUCUCAAGACGAUAAGAAUAUUCCUAAGGAUGAAUAUGUAAGCGACGAAGAGAACGUUCUUAUAGAGAUAAGAGACGAAUCAUUAAGGAACAAUGAAGCAUCAGACUACCGAACGUUUAUUGAAGAAGGAGAAAAGACCAUUGUUACGGUAAAAAAUACUCCAGAUAAUAAUUUGUCUCAAGCCUCUGAAAAUAAUGAAGUUCACAAAGAUCAUUUUAUCUGCCCACAAUCACCAGAGAAUGCAGAAAAUGUUAUUUGUGCACAAUCUCCAGAGAUAAGUGGAAAAAAUACCGAUUUGGUUUUGAACAUACCAGAAUCAAUUGAUUCUCAUGAAGGAAUGAGUAUUAUAAAGGUUGAAUCAAAAACCUAUGAAGAGAACGUCCUUAUAGAAAUGGGAGAUGAAUUAUUCGUACACGGUGCAGCAUCAGGCUAUGGAACGAAUACUGAAGAAGAGAAAACUAUUACGCCAAAAGGUAAUUCAGAUAAAGAAUUGAUUCAAGCCACUGAAAAUAACGAAGAUCGCAAAAAUCCUAUUUGCUCGCAAUCAACUAAGAGAAGUGAAGAAAAUAUCGACUUUGUUAUGAAAUUACCAGAUUCAAUAGAUUCUCAAGACGAGAUGAAUGUUCCAAGGAUAAAUGAUAUGAAAGCUGAAUCUCUCACACAUGAUGAAGCAUUACUAGUGAAAAGUGAAGCAGAAAUCAGUUCAGUAUCUUAUAAACCACGUACAAUCGAUCCUCCAGACCAAGCAAAUAUUCUUGGGGAUAAUAUUUCAAAUUAUCCAGAAAAUUUUGAAAUUUCGGGGAAAUAUGAUCCUAUUGAAGAAGAUGAGGAAAAACACAUUAAAAUGGACAAUUCAUUAAGUUUUAUAGAAUAUUCCAAAAUCCCAGAGAAUACAAUAGAUCCUAUGGAAUCAAUUGAAAAGCAUUCCUGUGCGGAGAUCGCUAUUGUUCCUGGUAAAGAAUACCGUAACCGUAAUUCUGAAUAUAACAAAAACGUACAUCAUAAUUACUGGAUGUACCAUGAUGCAGAGUUGCUGAAUGCAUUACCGAUUAAUGUUGAAUCUGUUCACAAAUAUGCAGUUGAACAUAUUAUGCCAAGUAGUUAUCUAACAGAGAAAGACACACUGUUGACGAAUUCUUCUCUUAAUGACUUAGUAAGCGAAAAAUGUUCUCCUGAAACACAAAAUAAUACAGAAAAGCGCUCUAAAAGUCUCCAUUACGAGUUACAAAAUAUGGAUAAUUACAUCAUGUAUAAUGACUCUGAAGUGAAGCAUAUAUUAUUGAAAACAGCAGCUACUAUCGAUAAACAAACCAGCAACAAUACACCUGAGGAGGAUUUAACGCUUGAAAAACAGUCAAGUACAAGCUCUCAAGAUAACAAUAAUAUAGUUGCCCCAACAUUGACUCGCGAGAAUAUUAAGGUUGACAAAACUAAUUACACAAUCGAUUCAGCCUUUUCUGAAGAUGCUCAAUUUGAAAUACAAAAUCGCGACCAAAGCUUUUUGUAUGAGCAAACUAUGUCAAAAGAUUAUUGGAAAUAUGUAGAUGCUGAAAAGAUGUAUUUCAUGACCAAAUUGCCUGACAUCGCUUCUCUUAACGGCAUGUAUCAUGAAGAAAUAGACGAGAAAGUUAAUACAAAUAAAGAAACCAUUUCACAUGUUACUUCAACUGAUAUCGGGAUUGAUAUGGUUAAACAACUUUGUGAUCUUGAUAAAGAAGUCAAUAAGUUAUGUUUAUAUACAUCUGAUGAAUCGAUUGACAAUGAUGAAGAAAAUCAGAUCCAAUUUAACGAACAGAAUAUUGCGCUGAAUGUUCUAUCAAACUGUGAGGAUACUGCUAAGGCUUAUUAUCCAGACAACGGAAUAAAACUUCGCGAUAUAAAUUUACAGCAUGAAAGACUGAAAAAUCAUAAAUACUGGGAAUACUUUGAUGCUGAAAGAUUGUAUAUCAUAUAUAACAUAAAUAAGAAAUAUGAUGCAAACAAAACGCAAUCUGAAACAAAUGAUGAUUGCAAUUCUUACCAAAUAUCUCAUGCAAACAGAGAAGUUGAGACACACAUGGACACACAUGCUGUUCGGGAUGAGACAUAUAAUCAACCAGAAAAAAUCUCCGUAUCACCGACGAACGAUGAAAUUGAUACGUUCAACAAAAUCAUAGAAAAAAGUUGUAUGGAAAGCACGACUACUGAUAACGAAAUUGCUAAUUCAUCAUAUUCAAUGAAAGAACCAAACCAGGAAACUACUUUUCACGCAAAUUAUAGACCACAUGAAGAAGAAUCGCACAACACCACAUAUUCAUAUCAGAUAGAUAGUUUUUGGAAUGACAAAUAUAUGUAUGAUGAUGCAGAAGCAACAAACAUAAAAACAUUAGAGUCCAUAAAUAGGUGUGUGGUUCCUGAGCAGGAUAUUCCCAUGUUAACGAAAUCUACAGUUGACUCAUCAGUUGAUGAUCAAAAACCAACACAGUUGACUCAGGCUUCUAACAACAGACUAACCAAAUCAUCGAUGCAAACCCCGGCCAUGAACACCAAUCCCUCAGUUUUUCCUCCAAAUCCAAUAAACCAAAUAUCACUAGGUACAGCACGCACCGUGAAUCUCAGUAAUCCAAAUGAAACCAUGGAUGAUUUCACAACUAGUAAACAGACACAUUCUGAAAGCGUGGAGAAUAUUCUGCAGUCGCUGCUCAACGAAGAAUUGAAAAUGAAUAAUCUGCCGUACGACAACAUGAAUAGUUUGAUAAAAGGUUUACAGAUACUCAUCGACAAAUUGUCUGUCUACAAGGAACAAAACAGAGCUAUUUCGAUGUCUCUACCUCAAAAUGCUGAACAUAAAAUAAGAGAAUCCGUUCGAUUGGUAAAUGACAGAAUUGAUUUUCUACGCCAACGAGCUUAUGAUGGGCUUGACAAGAUUCAGAAUUCUUUGAAGUUGAGAGAACAACGAAAAUCAGAACUUGAAGCUUAUUCCAAGCUUCUCGAUGAAAUUGAGUAUUGGAUAUCAACAACAUCUAUACAUCUUACAGACUUCGACAAUAGUUCUGAAAAGCAUAUACUCGAGGAAUUGUUGCAUCAUAAUACAAACUUAUUAACUAUGUUGAGAGAAAAAGAAAAUCAUUCAAAGACUAUACAUCAAACAAUAGAACACUACCUGAUUUACAAUGACAUGCGUGAUAAAACUGAAGCUCUAAGAGAGGGCUUUUCAAAUAUUAUUAGAAUCAUUCGUGAAAAGGCUCUUAUCCUAGAAGACAAUAUACAACGCCUCAAACCACCAACUGAACCAAAUAGUCUACUCAAAGUGGAUAAUAAAAUGCAAACAAGUCCAUUGAUAUCAAUGGAUUCACCUGAAAGUAUUUCAGUAACACAUCAAGAGGCUUCCGCUCAAGCCAAUCUUGACAGACCCAGAGAUGAUCUUAUCAUCAUCCAAUCGAUAACGGAAGGCCAGGAAACUGUUCAGAUUUCAAAUGUACGUAAUAUCUCGUCAAUUCCAUCUGAUGAUGACAUUAUAGUGGAAGCAAAAUACAUGCCUGUCAAAUCUGGUGAUACUAACAAAUUGUCAGAAAUAGUGCUACAGAAUAUUCCCACUACCACCUUUGCAACAACUUUCGUGGAACCUGAUGACAGUACAACGGAAAUUAAAGUGGAAAAGGAUGGGUCAAGAAAAAUCACUCUAAAAAAAGUAAUUCAACCAAUCGAAUUUAUUGAGUCUUCAGAUUUGGCCAAGCCAUUUGUAACUGCUAUAAUCAAUCCUGAAAGCAGUGCAUUAAUUACAACCGAAAAACAAGCAUACAAGGAUCAGGAUUCUGAACCACUUCAAGUAGUCGAAAGUAUAUUGGAAGAUAUCCAAAGCGAAAUAUUGGAUAUUAUAGAGCAAAGUGGAGAAAUGCCCUCCGAGGAACAAAAACAAGACUCUAAGGUAUUAGAAUCAGUUGCACAAAAAGUAGAUUUGAUUGCUUCUGUUGUUGAUACACCAAAUAGUAAUGUUGAAAGCACGCAGCGUACAUCCGAACAUGACACAAAUCUCACCGAGCCUAAAUGUUCCUCUACUACAGACGACACCAAAGAACCAAUAAUGGACAUAAGCGACGUGUGGCCUCACCUUGAAGAUCCAGCAGCAAACAUUUCGACUACUACACUUAACACAUUGCCACCCAUGGGGGUACAGGGUGAAUUCCCGAAAACAAACGAAACCUCUGAUAUCUGGCCCAAUGACAUGAAUACAGGUUCCGGAUACAAUACUGAAUUAUCAUACUUUAUGAAAUCUUAUUCUACAGACACACCUCCAUCACAUGUUGUAUCUGAAGAUAAACAAUACAAGAACCAUAUUAUGCCCGACAUUACUGAAAGUGCAGAUGCUGAUGCCAACAAAACAGAUGAUCUAUGUAAUCUUUACGUACAACAGCCAGGAACCACAUCAAAAGAGAUAGACAUUAGUGGACGUCUAACUACCUCAACUACGAAGGAAAAAAAUGAACCACCAAGUGAAAUAUCAUUGAUAGAGCCAGAUUCUAUCCAACACUCGCAAAGCUCUGCGAUAGCUGAUGUUGAUAUACACAAAAGUGAAGUGAAUUAUGAGCAGAACGUGGAGACAAGUAAACCGGAUAUAACAAACCUUGAUGAAAUGAUUAAGCAAUCAAUAAUACAAGAGCACACCAUUGAAAACAUCGACCAAGAAGAAUCAAAUAGAACACAGUUUAAUGAUGCUUAUAAAAUCACUGAGGAUGAACAUGGGAAGCAGCUUCAUGUUCAAGUUUCAUCUCUAAAAGAAGAUCAGUGUGCUGUGACGUUGAGCAUGAACAUAGACUAUAUAACUGACAAGAACGUCAAAGUGAGCCUAGUAGAAUUGGACACGGCAGAAAAAAAUAUCAUUCCAGAAUGUGAACAAACAAAUGAAGUCGAAAAAACACUUGAGUCUAAAGAAGUCGAGUUUCAAAAAGGUUAUGAAGCAGACAAAAUAAUGACAGACGAAGAAAUUGAGGCCAGUAAUGUAUUUGAAGUGGAACAGGAAAAGUCUUUUACUGAAACGGUUGUUUUAGAACAACGAGAAGAUAAAAAAGAAACAUAUGACUCUACCGAGAAAAGUGAUCAGAGCGGAAUUGAUUCUACUGAAGUCAUCGAGGAAUGUUUGUUGGAUUCGUAUGAACUGACAACCCCAUUACAAUGUCAAAUUGUUCUACCAACACAAAUUGUUGAAACCACUUAUGUAGAAAAUGCUUAUCAGCAAACCACGCCUAUUCACAAAGAUUCAUUACCAGAUGAAACAGACCAUGAGAUAGCGCUUAUCACAUCAGAUAACUUUUUAGUUCCACUCGAAUUUGAGCAAAAGUCAAUACAAACCUCGCCAGAAAAUGAGACUGUCAUGAUUACGAAACAUACAUCACCCGAUAUGUCCCAAUGUGCGAUUUUCGAUUGUAAAGAAGUGCAAACUGAGAUAAAUGCUUCAGAAAUCGAGACACAGACUGUAGAUAUUGCAGUUAAGGAACAUAAAGAACAAAAUAUUCAAACCGAGUUAUGUAUGACCAAAAGUACGGAAGAAUAUGAAUCAAAAUCGGAAGCUUGUAAUGUAGCAAAUCAAACGAUGAUUGUAACUACAACGGAAACAGAAAUGCAAACAACUGAAGACUUGAAUCAAGUGGUUGAACCGAUUCUCGUGAAAAUUAUCGACUCCACUGUGGAACUUGGUAUCGAUAAAAACCGCCAGUCCGUCCAAACAAGUCCAAUAACGUUCAAUGAGGAUAUCAUUGACAAAGCAAUACCAUCUGAUUUGCAAAAUGAAUUUGUACAGACAAUUGGUAUUGAUGUCGUAGACGUGCAAACAUCGACUGAUUCGACUUUUGAAGAUAGAGGAUCAUCUCCAGUUGUGCCGUAUGCUGUUGCAGAUGAAAAAAUACAAACCAGUCCUAUUCACGAUGCACUCGCAACUAAUGACUCAAAAACCGCACAACCAAUACAUUCGCAAAAUUCUUCCGUAACAGUGAUUGAUGAGGAUAUAGAAAGAACACCAGUUGUUCAAAUUGAAAAAGCUGAUGCACAAGCUCAAACUGAACCGAAUUUAAAAUCAAUGGAAUCCUUAGUUCAAGGCACACAGACAGUUAUCGUUGAACAACCGACUACAUCUGAUCUUAGGAAAAAUAAAAGAAAAUCAAAGAAGGAGAAAAAAUCCAAUAUUAUUCCAAUUGAGUUUGAAGUGCAGACAGAAGUAACAAUUCCCGAAUGUGAAAAUUAUGUAGAACCGGUAACAAUAACAAAAACGUUUGUGGAUAGUAAUCCAAUUGAUGCGAGUAAUGCCCUCAAUGUUCAAAUUCAAGUAGAACUUGAGCGUCCGCUGCAAACAUUCACAUAUCACCAAGUCAAUGAUGAAAUCUUGGAAGAUAAAUCAUGGAGGAUAAACCUAGCUGACUAUUUCUCUAUAAUACGAUCACAACAAAGUUUUACAGAAGAUAAAGUAAUACCAUGGAGUGAAAUCGCAACAAUGCUUUCCAAGAUAUGGUCAGAAAAAGGCAACAACACAAUCAAAAAUUCUGAUUACUGUGUGAAGUCAUUACCAUCCAAAGAUUACGAAGGUAGUUUACCAGAUGUCGAGGAUGUAUUGUCUUUGUUCAAACAAAAUGAUAAUGUCUCAGAACAAGACCAACUCUUAUUCGAUGAACUUGAAAAAAUGAACAUUGAAGCUGAAGAAAUUUCAAACAGUUUAUGCUGCAUAACUAAGUCGAGUGAGACAGAUCAUCUUCAUCAACAAUGCCUUUAUAGAAUCAAACUUCAUCGCAUUCUGGACAGAAUAAAAUAUUUGACUAAAUAUGCAGUCGAGAAUAACAUAGAUUCGAAUCACAACAUCACUGUUAGUCUAGAGCAAACAGAAAAGGGCAUAGCACAGUUGGCGGCAAAUAUUUCAUCAGAAUUAGAUAUGAAGCAGAAAAGCAACGAAUCAGCUCGUAUCAUAUCAACCAGACUACUACAAACUAGGGAUCGAUUGUAUGAUAUAGAAGCAAAAACAAACGACAUUAUAUCAGACCAAAUUCUUCCUGUUAAUGAAAAAUUAAACAAUCUAGAAAACAAUGAAGAAUGCAAUAACGAGUGCAUCGAACAUUUGAUAACGAUAUUUGAGAUUAUAAACACUUCCGACGGUAUCAUAGAUGGUACGAAUCUAGAAGAGGAUUUCCAACAAGCUGAUCAACUGUCACGAAAAAUUCAACAAACAAUAAUAAUGGAGCGUAACAAACUACUUCAGCUCAUUGGCCUUGCGGAAGAAUACGAACAAACAUUAUUGGAGUUUGAAGAAAUUGCGUUUGCCGCUGCAGAAUUUAUAGCCAACGAGAUUUCAGCUAGUAGUUUAAAAGAGCUGGAAGAGGAAAUGCAACGAUAUCGAAAGUUUUUUGUGAAUCUCAGCCAUUGCAAGAUGAUCCUCGAAUCAUUGGAAUCAAAUCUGGAUCCAAUAACUCGUACAAAACAUGCAGAUUUACACUCAGCGUUGUAUAAUAAAACGAGCAUUAUUUUAGAGCGAGCAGUUGACAGAGCGGCUCGGUUGGCACAAGCUGCGUCCAAAUGGACAGUACUUGAGAAGGAAAUGCGUGAAGAGACCCAAUGGUUACAAAUUGCGCAACAACGUAUACCAGAUUUGCAAAAUGUAUCAUCUGAAGAUUUCGAACAAUACAUCAAGUUGUAUGAGUCACUGAAUCAAGAUAUUCUGGGGCAUUAUUCAAAGCUCAUGCAACAUAGUCAGAUUUCAAAAUUGAUGCAGGAAUUGAUACGCGCACCAACAUUACAAAAAGAUAGUAGUGAAGCUUUGACGAAGGUUACUACCCUAAAAGAAGAGGUAUCACUGUAUCUAAUCAAACUGCAUAAAUUCAAAAACCACUGGUAUCGAUACAACACAGCAGCUGAUACACUACAUGAAUGGGUUUGUUAUGCUCAAAAACAUUUGAGUUCAAUAACGUUCCCACAAAAUCUUGCCGAAACUCCAGUUGACGAUAUGCGCAAAUUUUGGGAAAUUAAAGCUCAGUAUGAAGUUAUGAAGAACAAAGUUUACGAAAUCGCAUGUGGUUCACUGGAUAAGGCUCUAAGUAUUAUCAACAUAGUUGAUGAACAGCUUCAACGCCAACUUUAUAAUCAACUGUUAGAAAACUGGUCAUCCGUAUCAAGCAAUAUAUUGGAUAUGCAGCGUCACGUAUACAACUGUAUAAAAACUUCUUCAACUUCUUCCGAUGAAAAAAUAACGUUCAUUGAAAAUGAAUUACGUGAUAUUAAUUUAACUUUCAACAAUUUGAAAGGAGUUCUUAAAUCUUCAGAGGAUCUUUAUCUCUACCUUGAAAAAAUUCAAACGUUAAAAACACGCAUUCAUUUGAUUGAUACUGAGCUCGGACAAAUCGCACUUGCAACAGACUUCAACGUUGAGAAAAUAACGGAACUUUUCGACAUUUCAACUAAUGCCUCCCACCAAAUCAACGAAGAACACGAAGCUGCUGAAAAUUUCUACAAAUGCUUAGAAGUUAUUGAAAACGGCAUUAAAGAGCAAGAAAAACAUUUCAUGAAUAUUAGUAAAGUAUUGGAUGAAUGCAGUGAAAAACUCAAUGGAAAGAAACAUGACGUAGAAAAAUCAUUAGAAGAUUGCAAAAUAUGUCAAUCUGAACUGAGUGAAUCGUGGAAUGAAAUGAUGAAACUAAGACAAAUGCUUCACACUUUACCGAUGAAUUUGAAGGUGACGGUUUCCCCACAGCAAACCGAGAGGGAUCUUUCCAUUCUGCAAAAUAUUCAUAGUGAUCUUGAACGGAAAUGUGAAAGUAAUAUGUCUCAAUUAAGAGACCGUCUUGUUCUAUGGAACAAAUUUCACCGUCAGUUGGAAACCAUUCAAAACCAUAUACAAGAAACGGAAUUCAUGAUGGAUCUGAUACAGCUGCAUGAAACAGCAGAUUAUCAUCGUCUACUGAAAGCUACGGAACGACUCGAUGCACUUCUAGCUGAAAUCGAGCACAAGAAACACACAAUCGACGAUUUACAAAAUAUUAGUAAACCAUUAAUCGAAACAUCUGAACCAAGUGUAUCAGCAAAUAUUCAAGAAACCGUUCAACAAAUCACUGUUCUAUGGCAAAAUACCCAAGAAAACCUGCACGAUCUGUGUCAGCGUUAUGAAAAUGCAGUUAAGCUAUGGGAUCGCUACAACGAUAUCUGUGAAAGUGUUAAGGAAUGCAUUUCCAAGAGCGUUUCAAAUUCGAAUGAACAUAAAGGAAACCAUGACAUACAAGUGUUACGACAGUACCAACAAGCUGUAAUCGAUCGGACGAAAGACCUAGAGAAACUCAAACUAUUCAUUGAAAGCAUAAAUGAACAGGUCGGAUUUAAUAUAGGAGAUACUAUGAUUUCCGAAAUUGAUGAAUUUGCCAGAAGGAUGGAGGACAUUACAGAAUAUAUUGCAUCCCAAAUAAAAUCAACGAUUUCCAGCCACGCAGAAAAAGAAAUAAUACAAACAACGUACGCAACAUCUAACACAUUAGUCGCACAAAUUCAAAAGGAUUUCAAUGCCUCUCUAUCAGAUUGUGACCAUAGUGACAAAAUCAUGGAUCUUGAAACACAUUUAUUAAACUUGAGUGCUACUGAGGCUUGCUUGAAAAAUAUAGCACAUAACAAACAUGACAAAAAUGAAGAUAGCAACAUGUAUGUAAACUUUAAAAACUUGCAUACGCUUUCAUUAGAUCUACUGCAAGACAUAAUAACUCAGCACCAAGAUUUACUGCAACAAAUGGUUAUGCAAAAUAAAUAUCAAAAUUUGUUCAAAAAUUGGGAAAACUUCCUGAACAACAUUACAGAACAUUUAGGUCACGAAAUUCCCAGUGAUUACUGUAAAUUGCAACAAUUCCGUGACCAAUACAAUGUGAUAGAAUGUUUAAUGCGACAAUGGAAGACAUCUAUUCUGAAAAUAUCCCGGAUGGAUUCAAACCUAAAUGACUUAUAUGUGAUGCUAAAUAAACGUCAUAACUACUGUGUUCAAAUACUCAACGCAAACCUAAUUACCAUCGAGGAAACAUUGCUGCACUGGAAAAAUAUGAAAUCAUUGCAAUUAGCUUUACACGAAACAAUCACGAACAUUGAAGCCGAAAAACAUAAUCUACAACUGGAAUUUAUAAACAUGAAAGAGUUUUCGAAACUGAUCACAAAAGUAGAAAGCUUGGAAUCACGAUUCUGUACAUUAGAAGUUGACCUCGUCAAAAUGAAUCAAGAAGUAGACCUGCUGACAUCGAGGCUUUCUGAUGCUCAAGCUCAUGUAACAAUAAAAAAUGAUCGUGACAAAAUACUAUCAAGGAUAUCAAAACUCACAGAAAGUGUGAAUACGUGGAAAAGAUUCCUCAUGGGCGUAUCGGAACUAUAUAGCGGUUUCAAAUCUCAAUGCAACCAAAUAGAGGACAGCUUGAAUGAAUUGGGGCAAUGCUUAAACAGUUUUGAACGAGAUAACCCGGUGACGUCUCAACACCAUUUGAACAUGCUUAAAAACGAAAAAUUACGCUUGGUGCACAUUAAAGAAGAACUACUACAAAUAAAUGUCGCAAAGGAAAAUUUGCAACGUUGUAUCAGCUCUUUCGACGCAAAACACGUUCACAAAAAAGUUAACAAUCUGUGGAAACUUUUCGAAAAACAUGAGCAUACUGUUUCAACAUUGCUCAAACAAAUGGAAGAGAGAACAAACAAUCGAAAGUUGUUCCUAAAUCAUUAUAAUAUUCUAAUGGAAUGGAUUACUGAUUACGAAAAACGUCUUAAUGAUUCUAAUAAAUAUGAAACAUGUGAAGAGGAUGCUAAUUUUAUUAAAUCCAUAGAGGAUAUGCUUCUACAAGAAGUUUCUUGCAAAGAAUCAGAAAUUGCUUGGUUUAAUGUAAUCGGCAAUGAUUUAUUGGACGCAUUAUCGCCUGGAGAACAACAACAUUCAAUAAGUUCUAAGCUUAAAUUCUUAAAUCAAGCUUGGGAAAAACUUCAACGGCAUUGUCAAGAUCGAGAGCAAAAAAUAUCGGAAGUCAAUUCAACAACAACUUUGUUGCAACAGCGAAUCAAUGAUAUCAGAACGUGGAUGUCACAAAUUGAAUGGGAACUUAAACAACCGUUUGUGUUCGAAAAUAUUGAAAAAGGUUGUCUUGAUAAGCUUCUUGAUGAUUAUGAAAAGUUGCAGCGAUCGAUUGAAAGUAAUAGUGGAAACAUCGCAGAAAUACUUAACUUAUGUGAAAUGUUAUUCACAGACGUCGAAUCAUGGAAUGUGCACAUCGAUCGUAAGCUAAUUAGUCAUACCGUUAACGGUUUGGAAGUCAGGUGGAAACAAAUUUGCAUAGACACAAGCAAACGAAAGCAAGAUUUGUUAGCAACUUGGAAUAUUUUGACUGAAAUUCAACGCAUAUUAGAUUCCCAUCAAAGUUGGGUAGAGGAAACUAACAAUUUCUUUGACGAUAUGCAUAACCAAGUCGAUGCUGCAGAUAAUGAAACGCUUUGUAGAAUACAACAAAGUCUAUCUUCAAAACAUGCUGAAAUAAUUGGACAGGAAUCAAUUUUGCAAAUACUCAAAAAUAUGUAUAUUUCAAUCAACAAACAUGAGCGGGUUGAAAGAACCAACAUGCAUAACAUCACAAUGACUUCUAAACAAAUGCUUUUGAUUUGGCAAAAGUUAGUAUGGAAGUUUAACGUCAUCGAUACACGCAUCGAAGAGCUUAGAAAUUUAUUUUCUUCGUUCAUUAAUGAGUACGAAAACAUAAUUGUAUCAUUAACUCAAAUUGACGUUAAAGUCACCAACAUCAAACAUCUGGAAGAAGAAAGAGUCGCUCAAACACCAGAAACCGAGUUACAACGCCUUCGAGAUUUACACAAUGAGCUGAGAUUCGUCAUUAAUCUCUUUGAACCUCAAGACGAACUUGGUGGUUCUUUAAUACGUUUAUUACCCGAUAACAGUAUUAUGUCCCAAGAGGUGCAAAGUCAUAUUGCGGAGUAUCAUCAAUUGGCUAAUAGCAUUAAAACUGCUCUAGAUUCUUUGGUAAAACAAACAAACUUCGAUGAUAUGGAUCUGAAAUCUGAAAGAGAUUAUGCUGUACAGGUUGACACGCUACCACCUUUAUCUAUAACUGCUAAAGACGCAUAUCUUUAUCAACUGCAAACUGCUCUCACAGAAGCAAAAUCAAAUCUAGUGGUGUUCAAAACUUCGAUUUCGGAAAUAAAUGCAAGUAACUUUAUGACAUCUACACAAAAAAUCUCCAAAGCAUCUGCCGCCUGCGAGUCAUCCAUCGAGCUAAUUAAACAUCUCAAUGUAAUUUUGAAGUCCGAAUGUGAUUGUAGUGACGAAGAAGCUAUGAGUAGCACAAUUAAACAGGAAUGUGACAAUUAUACCCUUUAUUUAUCAGAAUGGCAGACUAAGCAGCAAAAAUUAGAAGAAUUAAGCCCGUUUCCUGCUAACUAUAGCAUCAUAUGUGUGCACAAUGAGGACUACCUGACAUGCCCCCUAUGUACAAAUAGAAACUGGCAACAAAUAGACAAUGAUCUUUGGCGUCUAGAACAAUGGUUGUCAAUGGCUGAAACAACACAAAGAUCACAGCACACGCAACCAUCCAACGACAUUGAUACCCUAGAAGAUGCCAUACAAGAUCACCGAGAGUUUUUGCUUGAUUUGGAUAGCCAUAAAAGUAUCAUCAAAUCGUUGAACAUCAUUGGAGAGCAUCUGGCAACUCACACACUAGAUACUGAAAAGGCUGUAAAAUUAAGGGAACGUCUACAAAACGAUAAUAAACGCUGGGACAAAGUAUGUAAUCAAGCGUCUCAUUGGCAAGCGCUUCUUCAUAAAACGUUGAUGGAAAACAAAGAGUUCCAUCGUACAGUAACAGAGCUAAGCGUAUGGCUUGAACAAACAGAAUAUAAAAUUAAAACAUCCGAGCCAAUUGAUUUGACGAUGGAAAAAGCUGUGAUUGAAAGGAAAUUCAAAACUUUUAUGGAAUUGAGAAAUGAUUUGGUGCGUUGUGAGCCUCGUAUCGUUAGCUUACAAGAGACAACGUCACAGUUGACAAAAUAUUUGGAUGCAACCACUUCGCAGAAGUUUAAUGAAAUAUAUGCAAAGCUGACCGAUCUGAGGUUAAGGUUCCACUCGAUUCGAAGAUUGGUAGAGGUGUAUACAGUGAAAAUUGCUGCAGCAAUUGGUUACGACGGACCAUUAGAUACUAUCACAUUUACAGCGGAAUGUUCACUAAGGAAUCAAGAGAGUAGCGGAUCGUUCUCACAAGUAGCAACAAAUGAUGCAAAUGCACGAAGAGUAGACGACGAGGAUCACAUAAAUACAACAGUAUUGACCAGAAGCUAUCGCUUCUUGGGCCGGGUAUUGCGAGCAUCUCUUCCCAUACAAGCAAUGUUAUUACUACUACUAGGGGUUGCUACGCUAAUGCCUCAUGGUGAAGAUUAUUCAUGUUCGUUUACCAACAACUUUGCAAGGAGCCUUGAGCCAAUGCUUCGCUAUCCAAAUGGUCCACCACCAAUAUAAAAAUAUCAUGUGCAAUAUAGUUAAGUUUGCAAUAUCACAUGAACAGUCAAUUUAUCAAAUAAAUGUUACCAUCAAACUUUUCACACUUAUAGUAUUAUUAGCCCAGCUCUUAUUUGUAAAAUAAUAUAACAUAGGACUCUAGUCCUGCACAACCCAUUGUACCAGUGAUUAUGAAUAAAUAUGAUUAUAAAAUGAA